UUUUUAUUUUUAUUUUUUAAAAAUUUAGUUACCAAAAUUACAUACUUAAUCCUAUAAAUUUAUCUUUUAAAAUAUAUAAAAAUAUAUAUUAAUAAAUUCAUUAAAAUAGUAUCAUUUUUUUCUUUUUUUUAUUAUCUUUUUCCAGGAAUAUUAUCUUUUUCUUUCAUUUUUCUUUAUCAUUUAACAAAAAAUUGAUCACAGGUUACAACUAUCAUUUCUUUUUCCUUUCUUUUUCAUGUACCAAAAUAGCCUAAGAAUUGAAGUGUCAGUUUAUCAUCUCAUUGGAGGCUGGAGCAUGAGAUGACUUGAAGACGACUUUUACCUAAAAUUCUUCCUCAGCUCUCACUUCCUUUCCUCCCUCUUUCCUUGUAUUUUCGUGAUCGAAUCAACAUUUUAUACCCGUUCGGACCUCUUCAUCAACACCUCACUUUUUCUCUCUCAAAAAUCUAUCUUCUUACUUCUUCUGAUCUUCAAACCCUUAAAAAAAAAUGCCAUAUCGAAGAAAACCAGUGGACACCGUCCUAAUUCUGUUGAGCAACGUAAACGAAGUCAUCAAACGCGCCACCAAUAGCAACCAAGCCGAUGCCGUUCGCUCUCUUCUUCCUCGCUUCACAAUGAUCCAAAAUGAACUCAAUCAAAUCAAAGAUCGAUUUCCUGAAUUCAACACUUGGGAAGAGAACCUCAUGAAUGAGUUCAAAUCUUUACAUGAAGACAUCGGCGAUGAUAUCUUCGAAAAUGGUACCCAGACAGACAAGAUCGACGACAAGCUCAAAUCCAUCGACGACAAGCUCAAAAACAUCAAGAGCUUAGUCGACAAGCUGCCCACCCCAGAUCUCACACUGUCAGAGCAGCGAGCUCUGUUGGAGAAGCAGGACCGGAAGGUGUCUAAUGAUUGGUUGGAUCUGAACGUGGAGAAGAACAUUCUUGUUUCUCCGGCAAUCGCUAAUCUUCAGCUGAGUUAUGAUGUUCUUGAGAUUCAAUUGAAGCUCUGUUUGCUCUGCUUGGCAGUUUUUCCCGAGAAAGCUGUUAUCAAGAAAAGGGCAUUGAUUUACUGGUGGAUCGGCGAGAGUUUGGUCACCAAAUCCGGAGAGAAGACGGCGGAGGAGGUAGGCAAAGAAAUCUUUGCGAAGCUGAUCAAGAAAGGUUUGAUACAGAAAAUUCCCAAGAACACAAAGAGUCCCAUUAUCGAUUGCUGCAGAAUGCACCCUUGGAUUCGCCGUAUGCUUGUAUCUGUGGCCACAAGAGGUCAGUUCUUCGAUUUCAAUCAUACCGGAGAUAUCACCCAUGACUACACCAACUCCCGUCGGGCCUGCUUAGUUUCGGGUAAUCAAGGUUUUACCGGUAAUACUAACUCUGAUUCUAAUGCUGAUGCUAAUUCUAACACUAACUCGACAGAGGUGGAAUUGUUAACCAUGUUCAAUGUUGAUGAGCACUAUCUUAGUUUUCCGACUGAUUUGUUUCUUAAAUUCAAGAAGCUUGUGAUUCUACAUCUGGGUAGGUGGCAGAACGUAGCUAAGCACCAUAUUGAAGUUGAAAAUGAGGAGUUCUUGAAUGAGUUGCGGAGUCAGAAGCACUUGAAGUACCUUAGCCUUCAAGGGAUGUCAAGAAUCACAGCGAUACCUUCUUCGAUUGUUGAGUGCGUUAACCUUGAAAUUCUGGACCUCAGGGCAUGUCACAAUUUAGAGAAAUUGCCUAAUGAUAUCUCUCCGCUGGGGAAGCUCACGCACUUGGAUGUAUCCGAGUGUUACUUGCUUGAAAGCAUGCCAAAGGGGAUCGAAAAGCUCUCCUCAUUGCAAGUGCUAAAGGGGUUUGUUAUAGGGCAUCCCAGACAAAAUCCUUGCAAGUUGGGGGACCUUGCUCUUUUGAAGAGACUGAGGAAGCUGAGCAUACAAAUAGGGAGUGAAGCUACUGUCCAUGAAGCGGAGCUCUGUAAGCUGAAGGAAAUUGUAGAUCUUCGUGUCCUGACGAUAUCAUGGGGAAUGGUGGUUGAACCAUCCGCACCAAUCCAGCAAUCAAUCACCGGGACAAACUCCGGUGGUGGAGGAGCACCUCCGCAACAGAAAAAGUUGACUAAAACUGCGACAAUGACUAUGAAAUCUCUCUCAUUCCCUCCAAAGUUGGAGAAACUGGAUCUUAGGUGCUUUCCUCGACAACUGUCACCAGACUGGUUAAAGCCUAGCAGCCUGGAGAAUUUAAAGAAGCUGUAUAUAAGGGGAGGGGAACUUGAUAGUUUGACUCCUGAGACAGGUAAGAAGUGGAAAGUUCAGAUUUUGCGAUUGAAAUAUCUGAGGAACUUCAAGAUAAAGGGCUCAAAUCUGAAGGAUGAGUUUCCUGAUCUGAGAUACUUUGAGAAGAUCAAAUGCAACCAGCUAAAUAAAUCUCAGAAAAAUGAACCUCCGAUAAAUGAGCGUCAAUAUGACGAGGAUGUUGAGUGGAACAAAGAGGAUGGAUGGGACAAACUUGAAGCAGAAAGUCCAGAUUUUGUGGAAAAUCCUGAUCAUGUGAAUGUGAAUGUGAAUGAUGAAAUUGUGUGACUUGGAGAUAGAGGGCUCAUAUAUGCAGAACGCGGUUCCUGGUUUGAGAUACUUUGAGAAGUUCAGAUGCAACCAGAUAGAUGGAUUUCAAUAUGAAGAGGAUGUUGAAUGGAACAGAAGUGUGGAUCGAUGGGUUGCAAUCACAGGCAAACGCUGAUCAACGGAGUAGCUAUCCUCUCGUGCCUCUUCUUCUAGUGUCAUUGUCCUUUUUAUGGAUGCUACUAAGCAUUUAGCAGUAGUACUGCAUGUCUGCUAUGUCUGUGUAACUUAUGUAUGGUGGCUUUCAAUAUAUAUAUAUAUAUAUAUAUAUAUAUAUAUAUAUAUAUAUAUAUUCAAUGAAUAUAGAAAUCCACUCUUUAUAAUGGGUACAUAGACGUGUCAUGUAAGUCGGUAUUUUUAUUUGCCAUACCAUCUAGACUUGCUAGGCAGACCUUUAACACCCGUUCACAAAAAUGAU